UUUGCUCCUCUCUUUGGUUAUAUUUCUUUUUCCUUCCCACUUGGGCUUCGAUCUACACUCAAUUUUGUGAACAGACCACUAGUUCAACAUGGGGACGUUCGGGUCUCAGACCAGUACUUAUAACCGGCUGGUCACAAUCUUUGUUGCCGUUGGGUCGAUGACCUAUGGCUACUGCACCUCGAUCAUUUCAAGUACUAUCGGUCAGCCCGGAUGGUACACAUACUUCAAUCUUCCCCAAGAUGGUGAACCAGGAUAUGCUUCGAUCACAACCCCCGUUAUCUCUACCGCAAACGGUGUCUUUAGCGCCGGAGGUGCGGUUGGGGCACUUUUCAUAAUGUGGUCGUGCGAUUUCUUUGGCCGCAAGCGUAAUAUCCAAAUGGGUGCUUUUUUGGCCAUGUUUGGAGGAGCACUACAAGGAGGUUCCAAUUCACUCAAGAUGUUCCAGGCUGGUCGCUUUGUAUGCGGUCUAGGGAUUGGUAUCCUUGUGACUGUUUGUCCAAUGUACCUUUCUGAAAUGUCUAGUGCCUUCCGCCGCGGAUGGCUUGUCGGUCACCAUGCCAUUUUUCUUGUCUUCGGCUACAUGCUUGCUGGGUGGGUUGGCUACGCAUGCUACUUUGCAGAGAACAAGACAGGCACAUUUGGCUGGCGGUUUCCACUUUGCCUCCAAUGCUUGCCGGCUCUGAUCCUGCUUCUAGGGUCACCUUGGCUUCCUCGCUCUCCACGCUGGUUGAUCAGUAAGGGAAUGCAUGAGGAAGCUAAAUUAGUUCUAGAGCGACUUCGCCAAUCGCCAGACGACCCCGAUAACUUGGUUGCCAAGGAAGAGUACUACCAGACAGCGGAACAAAUACGACUGGAAAAUGAAAGACUGUCUACCUAUGGCAACGUGUGGGCAGCAGUUUUGAAGAAGAAGUCGUACAGGAAACGCAUGGCCAUUGGGUUUCUGACUCAAUGGGGAGCAGAGUUUGGUGGUCCUUUGAUUAUAAACAAUUACGCCGUUCUUCUCUAUGAAAAUCUCGGGAUGACAGGUGGCAUGCCACUACUCCUGAGCGCAGUAUGGCUAACAACCGCUGGGCUCAUCUAUAAUCCUCUGGGUGCCUGGCUUCACGACAGGGUGAACUCGCGUCGAAAGAUGUAUAUCACAGGCUUCGUCGGCAUCAUUAUCACCACCUCUUGCUUGGCUGCCAUGACUGCCCAGUAUGCAGGCACCACAAACCGCGUCGGUAAUGGAUUCGGCAUUCUCUUUAUGUAUCUUUACCUCGCUUUCCAAGGAACCUUCUGUGAUACGACCAUGUAUCUCUACGUCUCCGAAAUUUUUCCUACGGAGAUCCGCCCUAUUGGCAUGGGGUUCUCAUUGUUUGGGCAAUUCGCCGCGACCAUUAUCCUUCUCCAAACUGCGCCCACAGGCUUCGACAACGUUGGCUGGAAGUACUACCUAGUUAUCAUUUGCUGGUCCACUUUCUUCAUCCCAGUGAUCUAUUUCUUCUUUCCCGAAACUGCUCGUUUGACUUUGGAAGAGAUUGCGAAAAACUUCGGCGAAGAAGUUGCUGUUCAUCUUACCGACGCGACGGACGAGGAGCAAGCCCGUGUUCAACAUGAACUUGAGAAACGGCCUGACAGUUUGGGACACUCCGACUCAAGCAGGGACAACGAGGCUGAAAUCACCCCGCCUAGCGCGCACGAGACGCCCAAAGGUCCAUGAACUGACCAACCGUCUACCACUAAUGCACUAAACGAUGGCUUCAGCUGUCCUCGAUUGAUACUCGACACGAAAUCUUCCGAGGCAGAGAAUCCCAAUGCACGUUUAUCAGUAUCACGAAACACGAGUCCGGCUACACGAGCAGGCUAGUUAAUAAUGCUGUAGCGAAUCCCCUAACCGUCGGAGGGAGUUCGGGUGGCUUACGAGAAGCUUAGGCCAUUUUCAACAUUGGAUAUGUGAGA